AACCUCCGCACUGCCAUCGGCUUGCCACCGACAUAUGCGCUUCCAUGCCCAACGACAACAUGUCGUGUACUCGCUCGACGCCCUCCUUUACCAACUCUUCCUCCUCUCGUACCUCAUAGAUCCUGUACUCUUGCGGUUCAUUUUCCGGUCAUCGAUACAAACCCAAUUAACUCGUCCGCGAGAGAUGGGGCGGUCUGUUAGGUUCUAUUUUGUCUGUCUCUGUGUGCUUCAUAUACCGGUCAUCCUUCGGCACCCCUUCUUCCCUUUUGAAUAUGACUCGCGUGGCGUAUUACUUGACUUUGUUGGUCGAGCAUUUUCGCCGCCCUUUAUUCUCGUCAUUACUACGGACGUUCUCAUAUUUAUUCUUCAAGUCAUCACUGUAAUAAUUGCGCACGAAACUGGAGCAGAAGUCGACCCCGAUGUACCAGAUCCCCUCGCAUAUGAUUCUUCAUCUGUCGAUGUCGGUGGCGAUGAAAAUCUAUUCCACAAACAGCAUUAUCGUGAACCAAUACUUCAUCUUCGCCUCCGUCCGACUUGGCAGAGUAUCAGACAUCCACCGCCGCCACGACCCCCGGGUCUUCCUCUGCCUGGAGUUACGCAGCGUUUAUCGGGUGCAUCGCGUUUGGAGCAGUUACUGAGAACAAUGCAGCGAAGAGUAAGGGAACAGACGGAAGCGAUGGCACAAGCCAGUGGGAACAAUGUGGGAGCCGAGAACGCAGAUACACCGAGCCCAAGGACUGGGAAUGGACUGCCUGGUGCGAUGCCACCAGAGAGAUAAAUGGUCCAUGAGUCGUAUCUUGUAGUAGUCUUCACCACUUUCUCUUCAU